AUGGCCUGUGUUGAUAUUGAGAAUAGAACUAUGACUUUAGAAAACCCCGUCUCUGUCAAUAUCCCAGAAAUCACAAGUCCAAUUUCUGACGUGUCAGAAAAUAGCCCCGUAUUAAGCGUCAAAAAAACAAUAGAAAAUACAGUUCAAAAAAAUGAAACAUCUUCUAAAAAAAAACCGAAAAAAAAUAAAAGAACUCUAGACAAGAACUUUGAAAAUAAAUCAAUAAACAAAUUAAUUUCUACGACAAAUGAACUAUCUAUAGAAGACACUACAGAUUCUUUUGAUUCAAAAAACCAGGAACCGACAAAUGAUGAGGCCACAUCUGAAAAAAAAAAGCUUGAAAAUAUUCCCAAAACCAGUAUCGUCAAUAAUACUAUAAAACAGAUCAAAGAUAUAGAUGCUAUCUUUGUAUCAAUCGACGUUGAACAGUGGGAACGAAAUAACCAUAUUGUAACUGAAAUUGGUAUCACAACAUAUCAUCCCUCAAAUCACUUCAUUCCUGAAAUGCGUGCUGCUCAUUUUAUUGUUCAAGAGUAUCUAAAACUUAGAAAUGGACGUUUCGUCAGCGAUAACAAAAGCAACUUUGCUUAUGGAAAAAGUGAAGUUCUUCCGAUGUCUGGUUGUAUUAAAGCUAUUAAUUAUGUCUUUUCUUCGCUAUCAGCAAAAUAUAAAAACGUCGUUUUAGUAGGACAUAAUGUUGGCGGAGACAUAAGGGCACUUCGAAAAUUUGGAAUAGAAUUUCCUAAAGCUUACAGUAUUUCCGAUACUGAGAGCAUAUGGCGCGAGACACGACCUUCAGGUCCUAGUAGUUUAGAAGCGUUAUUGCAAAUAUUUAAUAUUCCUUACUCGUUUCUACAUAAUGCAGGAAAUGACGCAUACUUGACGAUGAUUUUAUUGUUGAAGAUUUGCGAUCAAAAUCCAAGUUUUGGCAGUGCAAGAACCAACUCCAACUCCAACUCCAACUCCAACUCCAACUCCAGUAACCAUGCAACUUCACAGCUGGCAUAA